CGUUCUCUCCUCCCCCAGAUCCCAAUCGUGCGUGUUGUUCCACUCCUCAGCUCCGACCUCCACGGGCCCACGGGGCCCGACGCCCAGCGGCUUUGCCCCAGUGCGCCAUGGCCUUCUCUUCGUCACUGGCGCCCUUCUUCGCACCUUCUGGAACCUUCGGAGCCCGUCCCGAAAAGAGGCUCCGGGCCGAUGCACCCGGGAGGUUCGUAGCGUCCUCCUCGCCCCCUCCCGACGUCGUGGUGACGCGGGAGCAGGGAAAGAACGCCAGGCUCAUCGCCGCGCUGGAAAAGCAUAAUAUACACUCUCUGGAACUUCCUCUUAUUAAGCAUGUUGAAGGCCCUGAUACAGAGAGGCUUUCAGAUGUCUUGCGUAAUGACAAGUUCGACUGGAUUACUAUAACCUCUCCUGAGGCAGCUGCAGUGUUCCUUCAGGGAUGGAAAGCUGCUGGAAGUCCUAAGGUGCGAAUAGCUGUUGUUGGAGCAGGAACUGCAAGGGUUUUUCAUGAAGUAUCAGAAUCUGAUGAUCAAUCUUUUGAGGUUGCAUUUUCACCUUCCAAAGCUUUAGGUAAAGUCUUGGCUUCAGAGCUUCCAAGGAGCAAUGAGAAUUCAUGUAAAGUAUUGUAUCCUGCAUCUGCAAAGGCUGGCCAUGAAAUUCAGGAUGGGCUAUCAGAACGAGGAUUUGACGUGACACGACUGAAUACAUAUACAACUGUUCCUGUAGAAGAUGUGGAACCACUAACAUUAAAUCUUGCUAUAUCAGCUCCAGUUGUUGCGGUAGCUUCUCCUUCUGCACUGAGGGCAUGGUUAAAUCUUAUUUCAAAAGUUGAUAGCUGGAACAACUCCAUCGCUUGCAUCGGUGAGACCACUGCAUCAGCAGCCAAGAAAUUGGGCCUGAAGAGCAUAUAUUACCCAACAACCCCUGGACUUGAGGGGUGGGUUGACAGCAUUCUUGAGGCGCUCAGAGUCCACAGGACAUCAAAAGAGGCCCCAAAAUGUUGAAAACUGGCAGCCCAUUGUACCGGAUGGCGGAGCUGGUUCUUGACGUUGGUAAUUCUUUGCUUCUUUGACUACAAUCACCCCCUGUUGUUGUAUUGUCAGUGAAACCGUGGCGUCAGCUGAUGUAGAUGAAAUUACUUGUAUUGUGAGGUGUUCAGAGUAGCAUUCAGUAAGUGCUGAAUCGCGGCUCCAUGAUGUGGUGGGACACCAAGUUUUGUUGACCUGUACAUGUACAGUAAUUUUUUUAUCAGAUUCAUAUCAGUAAUUUUUUUUAUCAGAUUCAGAUCAGUCUGAGAAGAAAAUCA